UGUUCCUUACGACGAGCCUUUACGGAAUCAAAAAACUUAUAAGAAUGGCAUCAGAAUCAACAACAGAACAGAACACAACAGAGGAGUUACUGGACUUGUAUGACCAGAUGUUUAAAUCUAGAUACACAGAAGAGGAUGAGGAGUAUAUGGCUACAGUUAAUAACCCCUCCCCUCCCCCUCCCUGUGUCAAAAACUGGUUCCAAAAAUCCAGAGGAAACUUCAGAAAUAGAGGUGGAUACCAAGACCGUGGAGAAAGACGUGGGGGUUAUCACCAUGACAACUACAACAACAGAAGAGGUCAUCACCAGGGUUAUAGAGAUCACCAUGGUUACAGGGGAGAUAACCGUGGAUACAGAGACAAUUAUGACCGUGACAGAUCUGGUUAUGGUGGCUAUAAUCAAGGUCGUUACCAUGACAACAGAGGUUAUGGAGGAUAUAGGGACAGAGAACAAAGAUGAUAAUUAAUAUGACACAAAUGAAAUAGUCCUAUCCAACAGAAGGAGGUGUGAACAUACUGCAAAUUAUCGUACUCAUUUAUGUGUAGGUUUAGUAAAGUGACAGAGAUUUUUACUGAU